AUGGGUAACUUCCAGGCUUUCUAUGGAGGUGGUUCGACAGGUGCUGCUUCACUGAAUCUGACUCUCAUCAUGCAUCUGCUGCAAAACAUCCUGUUUCUGCUCAUCAUCAGUCUUGUUCAGAGCCGUGCCAUGAAGGCGUUGGUUAAUGUGAACUCUGAGGAAACUGAUAACAUCAGUGACAUCAAUGAUGAUUAUUUCUCUGUAUCUUCUAUAAUUGAAAGAGCCAACAAGAAUGCUGGAAAGCUGAAGGAUGGUUUGAUCAUUAUACAUGGUGACAUAGCAGUGUACCCUGGGCUCCAGAAUGCAGAUCCAUGUACUUCUCGUCGGUGCAAGUGGCCCAGGGGCAGGAAUGGGAAGGUUAAAGUGCCCUAUGUCAUUUCCAGGCAGUAUGCAUUCUCUGAAAGCCGUCUAAUCAAGAGUGCACUGAAAUCCUUCAGAAAUUCAACCUGUGUCCGGUUCGUACGUCGCACCAACCAAGAAGACUUCAUUCAUAUACUCUCAGACCAGGGGUGCUACUCUUCAGUGGGUCGCAGAGGUGGAAGGCAGGUUCUUUCCAUAGACCGCAAUGGCUGUGUUUUUCAUCACAUCAUCCAGCAUGAGCUUCUGCAUGCUCUGGGCUUUCAUCAUGAGCAGACUCGUAGUGACCGUGACGAGCAUGUCAGAGUCCUCCUCCAAAAUGUUAUUCCUGGACAAGAGCACAAUUUUGAUAAGGUCAGCACCAACAAUUUGAACACGCCAUAUGACUACAAUUCUGUCAUGCACUAUUCAAGGUUUGCUUUCUCCAGGAACAGGCAACCGACCAUCCUCCCUAUUCCAGACAAUGACGUUCCCAUUGGACGUGCCACUGAAAUGAGCCGCAAUGACAUUCUACAUGUUAACAGAUUCUACUGCAGUUGAAGGAGUCACACUUAUCAUCAGCAGUGCAUUUCAAAUGCGUUUAAAAAAUUUUUUUUAUAUUUUAAAAACUGUAUGCAAAAAGUUUUAGAAGGUUCUGCUCUUGAUGUAAUCUGAUGGGGUUUUCCCCUCAAAUUUCAGAUAUUAGAAAAAUAUUUGCAAAAGCAGCCACCUGGGCACACUUUGCUUAGAGUUUAUUGCAACUUUU